GAUAGCGUCAAGUACAUGCGCAUUUUCGAGAAGAAAGCGUUGGGAUCCCUCUAUAGCCAACAACCCAACGCAGCGGAUCCAUGUGCCAGUGCAAACAAAGACUUGCAAGAUCUCCCUCGGAUAGAUUCUAAAAUAAAAUAAAAAAUACCCUUGCAGUGGAGUCUAGAAUCCAUUGCCUAGGCCGCUAAAAGAUGAGUGCAGUACGGGUAGCAUACCGCACUUCGUGUGCUCUGCCGACGCCCUCCAGAACGCCAUUGUUCAUGAUAAAUAAGUCGAGCAGUCUACUCCGCCAGGUCUCAAGGCCAUAUUCCACAGCCACUCCCAUCACAGGCACACCGGUGAAGCCUACCUUCCUCAGACGAGCUCUCAACGUCCUAGCCAUUGGCAUAUCGUGCACAGUACUCGGAUUCACCAUGACCGCCGCACCUGCUUUGCCCGCUCUGAACGGGUUCCUUACGCCCCCUACCGACGAGGAGACGCUCACCAUGUUCACGCCCUCGCAUCCAAAGGAAAUCGAGGUAGAAGCACAUAUCAAGAACCACUGGCUGUCGCAGCAAAUGCGCGCAAAGCCCGGCUUCACGGAAGCGCGACCGCACAUGAAGAUUCCCGCCCCCUUUCGGACAAACAACCUGACGGCAGGCACACUGUUGGGACCAAACAGGGUGCCUGUGCCGCCGGUGGUAUGGGUCGAGGAGGGAGGCAAGAGUCUUGUCAGUGUUUCGUAUCUGGGCGAGGAGCUGUGUGGUCAUCCCGGCAUUGUACAUGGUGGGUUUUUGGCCACGAUGCUAGACGAGGGCAUGGCGCGCUGCUCUUUUGGCGCACUGCCGCAUGGCGUGGGCAUGACUGCGAACCUGAAUGUCAAUUAUCGGGCGCCGGCUAUGACUGGAAACUACGUCGUGUUGAAGGCGGAGACGACCAACGUCGAGGGAAGAAAGGCCGAGGUCACUGCGAGAAUCGAGACGUUACCCGAGAAUGAGGGCGACAAGGCCGUUAUUCUGGCAGAGGCAACAGCAUUGUUCAUCUCUCCUAGAAAUGCAGCCAUGAUGCAGAAGAUAUACCCUGUACAAUAGAUAAGCAUAACGCUAUGGGCUCAGAAAGAGGAUAGAAUACACAUAGACUAAUGAAAUGCCAUG